GAAACUGGCCACACUGAUCUUUGCUAAAAGUUUCGCGAACGUUGCAAAACGAGAAAACCAAGCUAAUCCACCCGCGUUCAAAAUGAGCUCCAAGUCCUUAUUCGACAGCGAGGAAGAUGCCGCCCAGGCCAACAAAUUGUCCAGGAAAGCCAAGGAAUCACCCUUCAUGCUAGUGGGUAUUGGCGGAUUCUUAGCAGCUGGACUGAUUGGUGCGUACAAGUACCGGACCCGUGGAACGAUGAGCACCAGUGUGUUUCUGAUGCAGUUGCGUGUGGCGGCCCAGGGAACCGUAGUCGGAUGUCUGACCAUCGGAUUGGCCUACAGCAUGGCCAAGGAGUACCUAUUCGACAAGGCGCCCAAGGAAAAUGCAAAAUCACUGACUAACUGAAGAUCAUCUGGUUGCAUUGCCUCCCUCUCUGAAAAUCAUCCACCAACACAAAUCGGGAUUAUAUUAUAACUCUAUUUAUUGCAUUAUCAAAGAUUCAUACCGAUCAAGAGGGUUAGGAACCCUGGAGGGCUGGACUCGAAGUGUCCUAGGAAUUAGAUAAUGUUUUGUAUACCUGCGUAAGAUUGUGAUAUUGUGUUUGUUUAAUUGUACAAGUUGGACAUCCUAAGAAAGCUGUUAAAAGCGGACGACAAGAUAAUGAAUACCUCUCGCAUGAUAUGAUAUAAUUAAAUAAAACAAUUUAGACUAAAGCGAAAUCAAAACAA